UUUACUUCUUCAACCCGACGGUACUGUAAUUUAGCAGAAAACAAACCCUAUUUUUGUGGAAUCAACAACUCCGAUGUUUAUCUCACAAGAAGGUGUUGUUAAAAGGGUAUGACAAACAGCUCAUCUUCAUCAAAAUAGAACGGAUAAGAUUAUUAUCCUGUUGAUAUAAGACGACCCGCACCCGAAUCAUAGAGAACCAAAAUGAGCAAACCUGAAGAGAACACUGAAAAGAAGGAAUCGGCACAGAUUUUGAACAAGAAGCUCAAAGAUGUCGAAAUCAGCAUUCCAAUAGUUUAUGGCAACAUAGCAUUCUGGCUUGGAAAAAAGUCUAACGAGUAUCAAUCUCAUAAGUGGACUAUAUAUGUACGUGGGGCCACUAACGAGGAUCUUGGUGUAGUGAUAAAGCGAGCUGUUUUUCAGCUUCAUUCUAGUUUCAAUAAUCCUACAAGAGUCAUUGAGGCACCUCCUUUUGAGUUAUCAGAAGCAGGCUGGGGUGAAUUUGAGAUUGCCAUUACACUGUAUUUUCACAGUGAUGUGUGUGAUAAGCCUUUGAACCUAUAUCAUCAUUUGAAGUUGUACCCAGAAGAUGAACCUGGCACCGUGUCAAUUAAGAAGCCCGUUGUUGUAGAAUCAUAUGAUGAGAUCGUAUUCCCGGAGCCUUCAGAGGGUUUCUUAGCUCGUGUACAGAGUCAUCCAGCUGUCAAUCUACCCAGAUUACCUGCUGGUUUUACUUUGCCUCCUCCUAUGCUGGUUGAAGAUACAAGUAAAAGGAAGAGAGGAGACACUAAAGAUAAUCCUCUAGCCCAGUGGUUUAUGAAAUUCUCUGAAGCAGAUAAGCUGCUGCAGCUUGCUGCAGCUCGUCAGCAGGGAUGAAAGAAGACAAUAGGAGGGCACUAUUUCCUGCAAAAUGGCUCUCUACUACACAAUAAAUACAUUAAAUUGGUAGAUCAAUACCUCAUGGAGCUCUGUUUUACAGAAAGACUUCUAGAUGGGCUGCGCAGAAUUUGAUUUUGGAGCAGGGUAUUACUGGGCAAGAAAGCAUGAUUUGGAUAUCUGUUUAUCUUAAAAGUUCACACAAAUUCCUGAUUUCUUAAGUAGUUAGUGAACAAAAGUUUUAUGUAUUGAUAAAUCUGUAGUUUCCCACUCAGAAAAUUUUCACAGGGCUAGUGAAUAACUUUUUUUUCUAUGAACUAGAAACUAGUCCCUUGAAGCUAACAUAUAGUGAAUAUUUCUUCCCAUA